AUGAAACUCUUCGAUGUCCCCGCAGGCGCUUGUGCUGAUAUCAGCAUCAUCGACUCGACGACGAGAAUCAAUAAACUCCCCACGGAGUUUCUAAUGAGGCCACCGCUAGAGGGAAUGCCUUUCAUGCCGGAGGUUCCAACUUGGUCGUUCUUGAUUGAGAGCGCUACCGGCCGCAAGGCUCUUUUUGAUCUCGGAGUACCGCCAAACUGGAGGGACUUCGCACCCCCAAUAUCAGACAACCUGAAGAAACGUAACUGGGAUAUUCAAUCAGAGAAGCAUGUGGCCGACAUUCUCAAAGAGCACCAGAUUGAACCUGCGUCCAUCAAUCACGUUAUCUGGAGUCAUUGGCAUUGGGAUCACCUGGGUGAUCCGUCGACAUUUCCUCCAAGCACGGAGCUCAUCGUAGGACCUGGAUUCAAGGCUGCUUUCUGGCCUGGUUGGCCUAAAAAAGUCGACGCUCCUGUCAGAGAGAGUGACUUCGCUGGCCGGGAGGUCCGUGAAAUCAACUUUGACGAAGGCCAAGGGCUCCAAAUUGGGAAGUUUAAAGCAUGGGAUCUAUUCGAAGACGGGUCAUUUUAUCUUCUCGACACACCAGGUCAUGCAGUCGGCCAUCUUAGUGGACUAGUGCGGACAACUCAAGAUCCAGACACGUUCAUCUUUCUUGGAGGCGACUUGUGUCACAACGGGGGGGAGAUUCGCCCGUCGGAAUACAUCCCUCUUCCCAGGGAAAUCCACGUCGAGAUCCCCUCUCAUCUCGGCCCCGUCAUCUGUCCCGGCGCAGAACUUGAGGCGUUGAACGACAAACGAGGCCGCGGCCCAAAGCAGCCAUUCUUUGAGCCCUCGAUGGGUCUUUCUAUUGAAGAAGCAAUCAAGACUAUCACGAAAGUUCAGGAAUUCGACGCCGACGACAACGUAUUGUUCCUCUACGCUCACUCUGGGGCGGUCAGGUCCCACGCUGAGCUCUUUCCGGCCAAAGCGAAUAAUUGGAGGGAGAAAGGAUGGCGUGAAAAGAUGUUUUGGGACUUUUUGAAAGAUUUUCAGGUGGCUUUGCAAGGCAUGAAAGCUGCUAUAUAA